AGCGCUCUAUGAGAGCAGCUGGGUACACUGCGAGAAGAGACUCAGUUUUGCCGCAGAGAUGGGUACUCCUGAGAAGCCAACGGUCGUCAUCUCCGGCAUGUCCGGACGCUUUCCGGGAUGCGACUCAGUAGAGGAGCUAAAGGAAAAGCUGUACAGUGGAGAGAAUAUGGUAACUGCCGGCGGGUGCCGCUGGGGGAGUGGAUUGUGGGGUGAAGAACCCCAUAUAGGCAAGCUAAACAGCCUUUCACAUUUUGAUGCAGAAUUCUUUAAUCUUCCCCCUGCAAUAGCUGAUAGAAUGGAUCCACAAGCUCGCAUAAUGACUGAAGUUGUGUGUGAAGCUAUAAUUGAUGCUGGUGUGAAUCCUUUAACACUCCGAGGCUCUCGUACUGGUGUUUUUGUGGGACUGUGCUUUUGUGAUUCUGAGUUUUACUGGUUUUCUGGUCUGCACUUGUUCAACAAAACAGGGGCAUUACAUUCUUUCAGAAGUCUUCUUGCAAAUAGAAUAUCAUACAUCUUUGACUUCAAAGGGCCAAGCAUAAUGCUUGACACUGCUUGCUCAUCCAGUAUCUAUGCACUAGAAAAAGCUACCUCCAGCUUUUAUGAUGGAACAUGUGAUGCUGCAGUGAUUGUGGGCUGUAACCUGCUACUCAACCCCCUUACAUCAUCAAUGCUACAACUCAUCAAUGCAACAAGUACAAGAGGCUGUUGCCGCAGUUUUGAUGAAGCAGAUUUUUAUUCAUUGGCAACCGGCUUCAAACCUUUCCUCAGAUCAUCUUCAUGCUUUUCCCCACCAUUAUGCCUGCUGGUGGUAGCAGACAGAGCAAGAUCUGUAGAAAUAAAGAUGUCUUGCUCCAUCUACCACCACCAGCAGGCAUAA